GAGUGGAGGAUUGCCAAAUCAGUCAAACAAACUUAAAGAAGAUUAAGAAGGGGAUUGAGAUUCGAUCGAGGUGGUGGCAGCCACCCACUGUUGAUCAUUUGUCCCGGCGCAGGUGUGGACAGAGAGACUCGGAGAUACAAUUUGAUUAAAAUAAAUAAGAACCUUCUCUUUUAAACAAACCUCAGCGCGUUGAUGAAGAUGCAUUCAAGUUCUAUUUCAUUUCUUCUCUUCUUCUGUUCUAUCGAAAGGGAGAAAAGAUGUAUACUCUUAGGCUUGUAGGAGGGAUUGUCAUCCUUCUUCUUGUAAAGAAACUCUUCGACAAAAGAAUCGAUGCUUCUGCAAAGGGAAAGAAGGACGGAUCAUCAUCAUCUGCCACACAAGAGUGCGAUUCUGUUUCCUCUUCUUCUGGGUGGGAUUACGAGGUAUUCUUGAGCUUUAGAGGUGAGGAGACCCGCACCAACUUCACCGAUCACCUCUACAACGCCCUCCUAGAUAAAGGAAUCCACACUUUCAGGGACAACGAAGAACUCCGAAUUGGAGAAAAGAUCGGUCCGGCUCUUCGCUCUGCGAUCCACAAGUCCAAAAUCGCCAUUAUCAUAUUCUCAAAAGGCUAUGCUUCUAGUAAAUGGUGCCUCCUUGAACUUGCCGAGAUUGCGGAGAGCAUGAAUAGACAAUUUAAAGUGAUUCCCGUUUUCUACCAAGUAGUUCCAUCGGACGUUCGAAACCAGGCUGGUAGCUAUGAGAAAGCUUUUCGAGAGCACGAGAAGAAAUUUGACAAGGAUUGUGUAGAGCGGUGGAAGAAAGCUAUGAGAGAGGUUGGUGAAUUGAAAGGAUGGGAUCUGAAGAAGACUGCUGAUGGGUAAGUCCUCGAUCAACACUUCUCUCUAUUUUAUUUUGAAUCGGGAAUUGGAUAGGUGAAUUUGCCUU